GUAUUUUUUUAUCAAUACAUUAACUUUACUAUUAGACAGUUGAAAUGUAAGUAACAAACUGUCACAUAAAAGCAAAACUCAAAGUGGCUGAAUGAAAGAAAACUUCUGCAUCCAAAACUAGCGCGGGAAAUGUUUCGUCAUGAAACAUCACGAAUAGCAUAAUUUUGACAAUUGACAUAAUUUAAGUAUAACAUUCACAAUGGCUGGUGAGGCAGUAUUAAAAUACUUAACAAGCACUAAUAGGCCAUAUUCGUGUGCAGAUGUUACAGUAAAUUUAAGAGGAACGUACACAAAGAAUGCUGUACAAAAGGCUUUAGACGCUUUGAGCGAGUCCGGUAAAAUAAAGUGUAAGUUAUACGGAAAACAAAAAGUUUAUGCCGCUCUACAAACAAAUAACGUAGAAGAAGAUAGUGAUAAAGAAGAUUACGACACUGAAAUUACUAAAAUUACAUUGGAUUUAGAGAACAAGAAAACGCUGCUUAAAGCAAAUGAAACGAAUCUUAAAAAUCUUAUAUCGGCGCCAACAAAUGAUGUGACAAAAUUAAAAAUACAUGAAAUUAAAACGAAAAUAGACAAAUUACAAACUAAACUAUGUACUUUACGUUCGUCUAGUGACGUCAUCGAUGUUAAUGAAAAAAAUGAUUUAUUGGGUGCUCAUAUGAAAUUCAAUAAGGAAUACAGAAAACGCAAAAGGAUCUCUUCAGAGAUGAUAGAUGCGGUAUUAGAGGGAUAUCCGAAGUCAAAAAAGAACUUUCUAGAAGAAAUGUGUAUAGAAACAGACGAAGAUGUAGGUUUUAAUGUUGCGAAACAAUAAAAAAAGUUAUUUA